UCAGUCGGAGAAGAGCAGCUCGAGGAGCAGGAGCAGCACUCGCCCACGGGAGCACACACACGCACACACGCACACACACACACACACACACACGAGUUUAUGUUAAUGACAAUUCACCGGAGAGUGUAAACAACGGCGGACAAGUGAGGGACGUAGUUCAGGUCCGUACAGUCGCUGGGCCGAGGUUCCCCCGGUUGUAGGGCGCGCACACACACACACACACGCAUACACACGCCGCCCUGCACAUUCCUCCACGCAGACAGCCCGAGAGAGGGAGAGCCAGCCGACGGACUGGACGGGGAAGGGGAGCCGGACGCGGCCUCUUCACAAGGUGCACCCGCGAAUUCACCAACGGGGGGCUCGUCGUAGACGCCCCGGCGGAUGUUUGGACCCCCCCCCCCCGCGUUGACCCGCCGACCGCCCGACGCCUUCACAGCCACAACCCGAGGCUCGCUACCAGGUCGUUGCUUUGAUGAGUAAUUCCCGGUCCCUCGGUCCGAGGCUCGCGACUGCCAACCGACCGCCGGCUGCGCCCGACGCCGCCCGAGCCGGCCCCGAUGGUGGACUAGACGGAGGAGCGCACGACGAGCACGAGCUGGAGUAAAAGGAAGAAGAAGGAGGAGGAGAAAAAGAUUGGAGAUCCUCCGGUGCUCGUGCGGGGUGUUGUUUUUUUUUGUUGCAACGCAUUGCCCCCGUAGUCAUGUUGCCGUGUCGGUGGGGGAGGAGAGACGGAGCCAGCGUCGCUCCCCUCUCGGGUGUAUUUCUUGAGCCUCGACGAAGCACCGCCGGACACCUCUCUCUCCACUGAGUCACCUCGUCGGUCCCGUUUGGAAGAAUGACGCGGGUGCGUGACCCCGACUUUCUCUGAACAGCCUGACAUCUGUUCGUUUCCGUUUGUUUUUUUUGUGUGCGAGCCGAUCUUUGACCGGCCUCCCUGUUUCUGCAGCGGCUCCGAGUUAUAUAAUACAGAGAGGAACCAGCCGACUUUGUGACCUCAUGAAUCUACCUCGGUCAGCCCAUUGUUUCCCUCCACCACGCGCCGCGCAGCCAGUGUCCCCGGGCGAGCACGCUGUAAACUGAGCCCGUGUGUCGGCGACGCUGCAGAUGGCUUCGUUCCCAGACUCGGACCUGCAGACGUGCCCGCUCUGCAAGGAGCUGUGCGGCUCCUCCGCUCCCAUCUCCUCCAGCUCCUCCACCUCCUCGUCCUCCUCGCACACCUCGUCGUCCUCCAGCCAGACCAGCAGGAGGCUCCACGUCCUGCCCUGCCUGCACGCCUUCUGCAGGCAGUGCCUGGAGGGUCAGCGCAGCCCCGGGGAGCCGCUGAAGCUGCGGUGCCCCACCUGCGACCAGAAGGUGUCCAUCUCCGAGGCCGGCGUGGACUCCCUGCCCUCCUCCAACUUCCUCUUCAGCAACCUGCUGGACGUGGUGGUGAGCUCCGAGGAGCAGAUCCACAACAAGAACGGCCACCACCACCCCCACCAGCAGCACCACCACCACCACAGGGGAGGCCUGGGUGGGGGCUCCUCCAGCUUCCGUCACCCCCAUGGAGGCCUGCUGCAUCAGCACCAUCUGGCCGAGCCCCAGUGCAGCUCGUGCGACGAGGAGAACCCGGCCACGUCCCACUGCCUUGACUGCCAGGAAUAUCUGUGCGACAACUGUGUGCGGGCGCACCAGCGGGUGCGGCUGACCAAGGACCACUUCAUCGAGCGCCUGGGAGAGAGCCUCCACAUGGGCCGGGUCAACGCCAACAGCAACCAGGGUCAGCCAGGGGUGUCGGUGUCCCUCGCCCAGUCCCUGCAGAACAACUUCGCCCUGCUUUCCCUGUUCCAGGACCGCAUGAGCUUCUGCCAACACCACGACAAUGAGGUGUUCCUGUUCUUCUGUGAAACAUGCUCGCUGCCCAUCUGCAGGGAGUGCAGUGUGGGCCGCCACAUGGGCCACACCUUUGUUUACCUGCAAGAUGCCGUGCAGGACUGCAGAGCCAUCACCAUCCAGCUGCUUGCCGAUGGACAGCAGGGACGACAGGCUGUGCAGCUAAGCAUGGAGAAGGUCCAGGCCAUGGCAGAGCAGGUGGAGAUCAAGGCGAAGGUUGUGCAGACGGAGGUGAAGGCCCUCGUCCUGAGACACAAGAAAGCGCUGGAGGAGCGGGAGUGUGAACUACUGUGGAAGGUGGAGAAGAUCCGUCAGGUGAAGGCCAAGUCUCUGUACCUGCAGGUGGAGAAACUGCACCAGAGUCUGACCAAGUUAGACAGCACCAUCGCUGCAGUCAGCCAGGUGCUGGAUGAGGGCCACCAUCUCGACGUGCUGCUGGCAAGGGAGCGAAUGCUCACCCAGAUCCAUGAGCUCAAGGCCCUCAGGGGCCUGCUUCAGGCGCAAGAGGACGACCGCUUCAUGUUCACUCCUCCAGACCAGGCUCUGUGCAUAGCCAUCCAGUCCAUGGGCCUGAUCAGCAGUGGAGCUUUUGCCCUGGUCACCAAAGCCCACGGUGAGGGCCUGAAAAGUGGGCUCCGUGGCAAGCCCACAUCCUUCACCGUGAUUGGAUAUGACCACGACGGCGAGCCGCGUCUCUCCGGUGGGGACAGCGUGUCUGCAAUAGUCAUGUCAGCCGGCGAUGGCACACUGUCUGCCGCAGACGUGACAGACCACCAGAACGGCUCUUACACCAUCAGCUACGUGCCCAAGUGUGAGGGGGAGCACCUCGUGUCAGUGCUGGUGUGUAACCAGCACAUCCAGGGCAGCCCCUUCAAGGUGAUCGUGAAGUCAGGGCGGAGCUAUGGAUCUCUGGGUUCCCAUAUGUCAUCCUUUGGGUGCGAGGGGGAGGGAGACGGUCAGCUCUGUCGUCCUUGGGGCAUCAGUGUGGACAAAGAAGGAUACGUGGCUGUGGCUGACCGCAGCAACAACCGCAUACAGAUAUUCAAGCCUUGUGGUGCCUUCCACCAUAAGUUUGGCUCUCUGGGUUCUCGGCCUGGUCAGUUCGAUCGUCCAGCUGGCGUUGCAUGUGACAGUCAGAGACGAAUCAUUGUGGCUGAUAAGGACAAUCACCGUGUGCAGGUGUUUACUUUUGAGGGCCAGUUCCUGCUCAAGUUUGGGGAAAAGGGCACCAAAAACGGGCAGUUCAAUUAUCCCUGGGAUGUGGCUGUCAACUCUGAGGGUAAGAUCCUGGUCUCAGACACCAGGAACCACCGCGUGCAGCUCUUCGCCCCCGAUGGCUCUUUCCUCAACAAGUACGGCUUCGAAGGGGCCCUGUGGAAACACUUUGACUCUCCCAGAGGAGUGGCCUUCAACCACGAGGACCACCUGGUGGUGACCGACUUCAACAACCACCGGCUCCUGGUCAUCCGGCCUGACUGCCAGUCGGCUCGCUUCCUGGGCUCUGAGGGCACAGGGAAUGGGCAAUUCCUGCGGCCCCAGGGCGUCGCCGUGGACCAGGAGAACCGCAUCAUCGUGGCCGACUCCCGCAACCACCGGGUCCAAGUGUUCGAGCCCAAUGGAAACUUUUUAUGCAAAUUUGGCACACAGGGGAGCGGCUUUGGACAGAUGGAUCGCCCCUCCGGUGUGGCUGUGACGCCCGACGGAGUCAUUGUGGUUGUUGACUUUGGAAAUAAUCGCAUUCUCAAAUUCUAAAAAAGAAAGAAAAACGAAAAAAAAACACGUUAUUUUUGCAUUCUCUCCCUCCGUUUGUUCUUUUUGCAUUUUUUUUUUCUUCGAUGAAGUAAAUGGAGGAGAGAGAAUGAAUCAGCCGUCACAACAGGAGGAGAGCUCAGAGAGGAUUGAGAGCAUGCUGAAAUUAAGGGAAAAUAAAACUAUAGGGUUUUUUUCUUUCAUUUACAUUGAUAUUCUCCAAAUCUGAUAUCUGUGGUAUUUAUGACAAAGGGAACCUCUACAAAUUGAUAAUCAGUAGAUAAAGAGCCAUAUUUCCCUUUGUUGGUCUCAGCUGCUCUGAAUUCUCUCUGUAAACUCUCCUUACGUAUCCAUCUCAGGGAAUUUCUCACUUUUCUUGAAAUCUUACACCCUCUGCUCCACACCUACCUCAUUUAGCUCUUUACGAAUGUACUCAUAGUCACUGAGCAGAGGUUUUAGUCUGUGAAGUUUUACAAAGAAGAAAAGUCUAACUCUAUAGUUUGUUAUUUAAGAGAGACAAAAAAAAGAAUAGACUCUUCAGUUGAUAUUUGCACAGGAUUAAUGGAAUUCUUGCUGUGCAUUUUGAAAUAUGAGUUAUAAAGUGAACCUCCUGAAUGUUGUUGCUGAGACAAUACUCAGACCACUGUAGAGGGUGCAUGAUUUACUCUCAUUAGAAGUGGAGGGGAAAUUAGGGUACAGUAGUGUCCCUUUUUACAUUUAAGGCUAGUUAGUUUUUUCGCGUGUGCAUCGAUCCAUGUCUCUUUGUGGCUAUGUGGAUUGUGUUGUGUCGCGAUAGCCUGAGAAGAGUGCAAAGCGAUGCCAAACUUGAUAGAAUCAAAAUUAGCUCAGGUCAUAGUAGGACUGAUUAAAAGUGAUCAUUACUUUUCUGGCUCUCCCUCUAGCUUUACUGGAUUAUGCUGAUUUGAUGAAUUUUAUCGAUAAGCAAAAAGGUAACGUUUAGGGAAUCAUCUCCAAAACGACCCCCCGAAAUGAUCCCUAAAAUAAGCCCUGUAAUAAAAUUAACCAAAUUGUUCGAUCAUCCAUACACCCACCGCCCCAACCGUGUCUUAUAAGACCGAAUGAACUAAUGUUUUUGAUAAAAUAAAGACGGCCCGCGUUGUUAUUAUCCAGACAGACGUGAAACAAUGAAGAUGCAAAGAUUUGAAUGCAAGGAGAGCGGCGUCUCAUCCAGACGGGAAGACCCACCAAAGGAUUUUGGUGAAAACUCUUCCAAGAUCUGGACCUAUUCACGAUCUAAACAUAGAGAUUUAAUCAUGAUUGAAUGACACCUUUUUUUUGAUGAGGCAUGCUGUGUAACAAAAGCCUCAAAUGAAGGCAUCUAAUUUGGCCGUCUAGAGGACAUUAAUGACAUCAAAUUGCCGACCCAACACUACAAUCCUCUGGAUUUAGAUUGUGGUUGAAAGCUACCUCUCUCUGGCUCCUGGGGCCUGUAGUCCAGUCCAUUAGGAGGGCUGCAUUACGAAGCCCUGCCCUAUUUAUUGACGUUUGGAGCUGUGAUGACGCCUCCAAAUUGAGCUCGAGUUGAUUGAUUCCUCUUAAGACAAAUUGGCCAACUGUAGAUUUUGGCUAUUCUAUAAAUAACCCCUCCCCAUUUUAAAUACAUUAUCUUGAAUAAUCAUUGUUAAUGGGAAAGUCUAAAGUUCACAAAACUCACCCAAUUGAGCUCAUAGCAGUGUCUACGUUAGGCGUGGAUGAAUAAAGUGUGCUUCCGUCACAGUUUAUUGUGCAUGAGUGCUUUCACAUUCUGCCUAGACCAACGGCCCUCGCUGUUUAGAGGCGGGGUUUGAAAAGAAGACUCUUUUUGUCUGAACAGAGAUGUUCGAGUCAAGAACGGACGAUGCCCGCACCAAAGAGCACCAAAGUGGACCCUUUCCUCCACCUUCGCAUUUAUCGCAUCAACCAUCAAAUGAUGCCCCCACCUCUAUCAAUUGUAGACGGCCUGUAGGCUCAUCGGAGCACCAUUAGUUUGUGUCCCAACCUUAUCUCCAUAGAAACAAAUAGAUUCUAACUCUUUGUGGUGAAAGCAUUGUGGGGUUUUGAAUCCCCUUGCCCUCCAUUAAAUCUGUAUCCUGCUGGAAAGCACUAAGACAAUAGAGGUUCCGUUAGCCACCUCCUUAGCCUGGCAAAGAAUCUCGGGACCCACGAAAAAGAGUCACUGACCGGCUCUCGCCUCUGAGGAGUGGGCCUGUGUGCACAUGAUCAGGAUGGACAUCCUCAUAUCUCCAAUAUCCUGUACCUCAAACGCUCUCCUUUACCUCCUCUCUUGUAUACCUCAACUCCUGAAUACCUCAAAUGUGUCACUCAUAGCUACUGUGCAUUAACACAUUCAAAUACCUCAACUUGUUAUUCUCACUCUGAAUACCUCGUUUUUACUCGUUAUUUAAGCGUACCUCGUCAGAUAUUUAUGCAUUUACAAAUAUACCUCAUUCAUUGAAUCGUCUCGUGUUACAGUGCAGUACAUUGUCUCAUAGCUCUAGGACCAAAGAUCAUGGUACUGUUUCAAGUUGAAAUGACAUUUGUGUUGGGGUUCAUCACUCCCAUCUCACAAACCCUGAACACCUUUUGGUUUUGUUGAAUCUACUGUAAAUUGCCUCGUAAAUUAUGCCUUAGAUCACCACGAAACCAAAUAUUUCAGAUGAAAGCGUUGUGCCAAAAUGAUCCAUGAGACUUCUGUGCCAAACAGAGUAGGCAUCUGGACCACUGUUUAUAGACGACGACUGUCGCUGGACCAUUAUAUCAUAGAUACAAGUGUAAAAUCAGAGCGCCCGUGGAUGAAUCCUCGCUCUCUUGACUGGACGCGCUUAAGAGGGCUGUGCCCCAUUUAUCUUUACCUCAUUAUGAUGAUGAUGAUGAACAUCCCGAUUUCACUUUGUUACUGUGUGCAAGGGGUGAAGGGAAGAGGAAAUGGCCUCUUGAAAAGAGUUAAGAACUUUUGAACGCACAAGAACGACUUCUAAUUUCAGCACAAUUUAACCAAUAUUUCAGUGUGGACUUUAGGAUGCAGGGCGAUGCUCAUUGAGGACUAGGAGACAAGUCUAACCUCAACCCCUCUGAUUGUGGUGUAAACACACACAUCGGAGGAUUUACACCCACCGGUGACAACAGGCUGGAAUAUUAUUGAAGUGAUAAGGAUCCAGUUCCAGUCCAGAGACCAUGCUGCUCUGAACCCAACACCCAGUUUCACAGAUAAGAUUUCUCUUACAUUUUUUUUGCUUUUCAGUAUUACUCAGUGAAAUGUUCAUUCAUGUUGCAUCGGUUUUUAAUUAAGAUUGCAGAAUUCUAUCCUUGAGAUCCUUAGGUCUUCACUCUUAAAGAGAAAAAAAAAUGUAUUUUUAACCUUUAUUUUGUUUUCCAUUUUGUUGCAUGCUUUAAAAAGUCCUUGUAUUAUACUGAUGUCUCUCAGAUAGGUGUUGAAAAACUCAGACGGGGUGGGUAGCUGACUAUUGGGAUGAUUUUACCAAAAUAUAUACCCAAAGAUGUGUAUGUGUGUGUUGAUAUUGCGUUGGAUGGAAUUAACCUCGGACCUUGGCGAUUGUAUUUCCUGUUCUCUAGAGGCUCUGCAGAGGCAGCUUUUCCCUCAACCAUUAGUGCUUCAUUUCCUUUUAGUCCCUCUUAUAUUAGUUAUGUGGAUGGAUGUUAACAAAUUGGCCUUUCACACUCGAGCCCUGCAACUUAGCGGAGCUCUAAAAGCUUCCUGCCGAGUGUAGAUCCAACUUUCCAACAUCGAGGAAUCCAUGAGACAGCCAUUUUGUGUGUUGACCGGGUAAUGGGAACUCUCACUCUCAUAUGGGAAGAAAUUGGUUUCUCUCCCACAAACUAGCAAUCUGCUCCUCUCCUCAUCUUUGUGUGAAUCUAGGAAGUGUGGUGAUGGCUGCUGAGCACGUGAUUGGAUGACUGCGCUCCUGCUCAGUGGGGUGUUUAGUUUUAUUUUAAAUCGGGCCCCUGUGGUUUUUGUCCACCAUAUUUUCUUUUUGUGCCUCACGGUUUUAAGAGAGAAAGAGAGAAAUAAAAGCAAAGCUACACCAGGUAUUGGCUGCGAGGUCUUAGUCCUCCUUUUCAUGAUUGUAUAUUCGAAAGCGAGAGAAAGAAGACGAAAAAAAAAGGUUUGAAAAUUUAGAGAUGAAAAAAAUAAAACUCAGGUAGUUCUCAGCAGCCCUGUCCUGCAGGUGUCUCAUUGAAUCGUGUCCCGUAGUGAUGAUGUAAUGACUUUCUCCCCCUCCCCCUUAUUAUGACCUCUCAGUACUAGUCUGAUUCCUUUGUGUCCAUUCACAUAUUAGAAAAACAAAUUAUUCCUCAAUCUGAAAAAAAAAAAAAAUGCUUUCAAUUAGUUUCCCCUGAUUAAUCUUGUUGGGUUUUUGUUUUUUUUUGACAAUUUUUGUUUUUCCUAAUUACAAAAAAAGUACAAAUGCUUCCCACCACUUGAUGCUCAUUGGCCCUUUUAGAAUGUAUUUUGUGAAGAAAAGGGUUAAAUGGGAUCUUGUUGAUGCUCGCUCCCUACAACCAGCUGCUGGAAGCCUUAUAAGACUGAACAGAGACAACAUACAAAAAAACAACAACAACUCUAAUUCUCUACGAUUUGAUGCUAAAUAUUAUGCACCAGCAAUACUAAUGAAUAUAAUGUGGAACCAUGUGGUUGUAGUUGAACACGCUGCAGCGGGUUCAUGUAGAAAGCAGCUUUCACAGCCAAGCUGGGAGAUGCUUGGCUUGAGGGGAUAAUGGCAGCUUGUCCACAAUCAUGUUUCCGUCGUGUCCUGUUCUCCCAGCAGCCGGGUGUGUGUGGAGGGGCCGUUGUGUUUGUGCGCUGCAUCUGUGUUGUCUGAGCAGAGAUCCACUGAAUGUAUCCUCCUCACAGUCCAAGAGGCAGGGGGAGCCAGUGUGGCCGGCUGAGUUUAGAUGGCUGCUGCUGAUGCUUCCUCAUCCAUGCCGGUGUGUGGGUGUGUGUGUGUUUGCGUGCGUGUGUGUUUGCGUGCGUGUGUGUUUGCGUGCGUGUGUGUUUGCGUGCGUGUGUUUGCGUGUUUCCCAGUACACUUUCCCUCCCUGAACACACACUCACACAUUGUGCUGGGUGGAGUUGCAGAUGUCAGGUCUUCAGUCUAAAUAAGGCAGAGGAGACAAUAAUAUAUUGGCCACCUGCUGCUCUCUCUGUACUCUGUGGACUUUAAACAUUUCCUAUGCAGUUUUUUUUGUUUACACUUAAAUAAAGUUGUAUUUCUUUGACUUCAAA